UUCUCCAGUUUCAGUCUCUGCUCGCUGUGCCCGUGUGACUUUUGACUCUUUGUCUCUCUCUGGCUUCUCCUUUUAUCAUUCUCUGCUACUUCCCUCUGUCUUCUGCCUCUUCUUCCCCUGUGCGUCUGUCUUCUCUCUGGGUCUCUUCUCUCUGGUCUCCGUUUCUUCUUUCUCUGUCCCUCUCCCCUCUCCGCCUCCCCUCAUUUCCAUCCUCCUAUCCCCACCUCGCCAGCCUUCUCUUUCAUCCCCCUCCCCUCCCCUUUCCUUUCCUUUCCUAGCCUAGCCUUCCCUUUCCUCCCCUCUCCUCCCAGCUCCCGCCUGCCCCACCCCUGGGAAGCCCCUCCCGUCGGGCAGCGCCGCCUUAUAAGCGGGUUCCCUGGCCGUGGGCGGCAGCGGCUGGUCGGCGGCGGCUCUGCUGGUGCGGGGGUGACGAGUCGAGGGACCCGGGGACCGAAAGCCGUGCACCUGCGGGCUGAAGGACGAACAGCUCUCUGCGGGUCUCUACUCCAGACCCUCCCCCGCCCCACCCCACUCCGUCCUCGCUCCGGGGGUCGGAGCUUGCAGAGCGCGCAGCCGCCGCCACCGGACCCCCUAGCCGUCCAGUGGCCCCCUCUUCCCGGGAUCCGGGACCCCGGCUCCGUGCCCGCCCCGGCCCCGGCACCAUGUCGGAGAAGAGCGUGGAGACAGCGCCUGAGCUCAGCGCCAAGGACCUGAAGGAGAAGAAAGAAAAAGUAGAGGAGAAGACUAGCCGGAAAGAGAGGAAGAAAGACGUGGUAGAGGAGGAGGAGAACGGAGCGGAGGAGGAGGAGGAGGAGACCGCAGAGGAUGGAGAAGAUGAUGAUGAGGGUGAGGAGGAAGAUGAGGAAGAGGAGGAAGAUGAUGACGAAGGGCCCGCACUGAAGAGAGCUGCUGAGGAUGAGGUUGGGGCUGGGUCAGGGAGCGGAGGGGAUGUCAGGGGAACGACAGAUCCUGGGGCCCCUUCGGAGUCUGAGCCAAGAUUCUCUGGAGUAUGGGGCAGAGCUGGGACUAGAAGGCCAUCCUGCUUCUGUUUUGCAUUCAUGUGGAUCCUCUUUCACUCUGCAGGAUGAAGCCGAUCCCAAAAGGCAGAAGACAGAAAAUGGGGCAUCGGUGUGAGCCUCAGCCAUCUGGGCUGAGGGUGGGGAGGACCCCAUGGGGCCUGGAAGUGAGAUGGGGAGGGAUAAGUGCUGGCUCCCUGCUCUGGAUUCCUCUCCAGAGCUGUCCCCCUCCUGUUCUCCCCAGCCUUCUUACUGUCCCCUCUCCAGAUACCCUAAUUUUUACCUCUCCGAUCCUUCACCUCCUGAACUCUCCCUAGCCCCGAGCUCCCCAGCUGAUCCCCAGACUAUUCUUCUUUUCCAUAUCCUCAUAUCUCCUCCCAUCCCCCAGUUGAUUCCUCAAAAUCUGAUUCUGCCCCCUUUCCACAUUCCUAGAUUUUCCCCUUCUGCCUUUUGCCCCACUCUCCCUGCCUGAUCCCUGGAUCUCCCUCAGAUUCCCCACCCCCUCACAGCACCAGGCUGGGGUUGGGGCUGAGCCCCACAGCUGCCCCCUCUCCCCUUUAUCCUUUUUGUAUAAUUUAAUAAAGAAAUGGUCGCGCUUCUGUUUUUAA